GUACUCCACAAACAAUCCUCAAAAAAGAAAACACUUCCAUCAUAAACCAGAGAGAGAGAGAAAGAAUAAGAGAAAGAGAGAUAAAAUGGCGUACAGCGCGUGUUUCCUACACCAGAGCGCACUAGCCUCCUCAGCCGCACGAUCAUCGUCUCCCAACUCAUCCCAGCGCCACUUGUCACUCUCCAGACCCGUUCAGAUAGUCUGUAAAGCACAACAGCACCAUCAAGAGGAUAACUCCGCUGUCUCUCGCCGUCUAGCUCUCACACUCUUGAUCGGCGCCGCCGCCGUUGGUUCCAAAGUAUCACCCGCUGAUGCAGCCUACGGUGAAGCUGCAAAUGUGUUUGGGAAGCCAAAGAAGAACACAGACUUCACGGCAUACAGUGGAGAUGGAUUCAUUGUGCAGGUGCCAGCUAAAUGGAACCCAAGCAGAGAGGUAGAGUAUCCAGGACAAGUCCUUAGGUACGAAGACAACUUUGACGCCACUAGCAAUCUCAAUGUCAUGGUCACUCCUACUGACAAGAAGUCCAUCACUGACUACGGUUCCCCUGAAGAGUUCCUCUCUCAGGUCAACUAUCUCCUAGGUAAACAAGCUUACUUUGGUGAGACUGCCUCUGAGGGAGGUUUUGACAACAAUGCAGUGGCGACAGCAAACAUUCUGGACACAAACAUUCAGGACGUUGGUGGGAAGCCAUACUAUUACUUGUCAGUGUUGACAAGAACAGCAGAUGGAGACGAAGGUGGUAAGCAUCAGCUGAUCACAGCCACCGUGAAUGGAGGGAAGCUAUAUAUCUGCAAAGCGCAAGCUGGAGACAAGAGGUGGUUCAAGGGAGCCAAUAAGUUUGUUGAGAAAGCAGCCACUUCUUUCAGUGUUGCUUAAAUUGAAAAGCAACACAACAGAAGAGUCCUCUGUUUUUCUUUUGAAACUAAGCUUUUGAGAACUAUCUAGAUAAUGAUGCUACCUAGGAAGCUUCACCUGUGUACCUGUGAUAACAGAACUCAUUUGCAAUAAUGAUAUUAUUAAUUAAUAGUCAAAAGUCUUUGUUA